GUUUCCUUUUUCUCAUAUUUUAAUUGUUUCCAUAGCUAAAAGGGUUAAUAUUUAUUUAUUUUUUUAACAAAGUGAACCAGACAGUGAAGGCAAAAAUCUACUGUGCAUUGUAAUAGAAUUUAGGUUUUUUGUCCACAAUAUAAUCUAGAUUAUAGAAAGUUGAUAUCAUUUUUAGAUAAUCUUCUUUUGCAGGGAAGAAAGCAAAAAAAAAAUAACAAAAGGUUGAUAAUAUAAAUAUUUGAAGUUGACGGUUGGGGCAACGAUAGCGCCGGCUCUCUCCUCUUCGUUCCCCUUUGACCAGAAAUGCUAAUUAUUAGAAUCUUCGAUAAAUAUAAAAAUUUGAACACAUAUUUUAUUCGAAAUUACAAGUUAACAUGCUAAUUACGCCUUUAGUUUUCGUACAGAAAACGUGUUUAAUAACACGUUAUACAUAUACGACUACGUUGAACAAUUUUGGCGUACCAAUAUGUAUUUGCUUCAUUUAAUCCAGCUGUAUCAAGAGCAAAUAUCUUUGUAAUUUCAUUUCCAACAUUCACAAGCAAAUUAUCACCGUUUUCCAGCUUGUUUAUCUAAAAAAAUCAUCAUAAACAAGUUUCUUUUUUUGAAAAAAAUAUAACAAAAGUUUCUAGAUACAUCUCCAAAUUCUCGUGGAUUCACAUCUUUUGCUACCAAGUUCAAACAUGGUAGUACCAUGUAAAGUGUAAACAGUGAGAAGAAGAAACAAAAAAACGUUAUUAUAAGAAGGGUAAAAGGGAAUAUAUUUUGAAACUGUAAGUUGAAUAGUUUCAUUUUCAUGGGUGACUUGGUAAAGGUGUAGUCAAGUACUAAUUAGAUCAUUAUACAUUUUGUUCAAAUAUCUACUACGUUGAAAUGUAUCUGCACAUGUAAUUAAUCGAUAACAUGAAUAAAAUAUAUGAAAUGAAGAAUUUUACACAUAACUAUCCUUAUAAGUUAUAACAUAUCUUGCAAGUAACAUGUCUAACACUUCAAGACAAAAACAUAUUUAUUUGCAAGGAAGGUGUUAAGUAAAGUAGUAAUCCAGAAAGAAAAAAAUCUAAACAGAAGAAGCAAAGCAUAUAAAGCAAACAUUAUUACAGCAUCAUUGAAACCAACAACUCCUCACAAAAAAAAAAAAAAAAUCUUUUAAAAUCCUAAACUCAAAAUCCUAAAGGAAGCGUAUGGAAGAAGUAGAAGAUGGAGACGCGUCUACGCCGUUCUGGCUUCAAUCCCGCCGCAAUAACACUUACUUCCACCGCACCUCUAGUCUCGGCGGCCGCGCAACCACCGUCGCCACACAAGCAUUCUUCGCCGGAGCCGCUGCGAUCCUCAUAGUCUACUUCAUCAUCCCUCCAUUCUUCACCUCCGUUUCACAGUUUCUCCGACCGCAUUUGGUCCGUAAAAGCUGGGACUAUCUCAACUUCGUUGUCGUCCUCUUCGCCGUCAUCUGCGGUUUCCUCAGCCGCAACACCACCGGUGACGACGAAAGCAAUCACAACAAGGAAGAAGUCAGUAAAAACAAAUUCUCGUCGAUCAUCGAUCGAGGCAGUGUAUCUAACGGUGAUCAGUUUCGUGAUCAGAGGGUGUACAAGAGGUAUAGCAGUUUACGUAGUAGUAGCUCGUAUCCAGAUCUGCGGCUCAGAGGAUUUGAAUCCGAUGAACGGUGGAGAUUUUACGACGAUACACGUGUAAGUCAAUGCCGUUACGAGGCUUUAGAUCCGACCAAUCGAAAUCAAGAAGAUGGCGGCGGUUCUGAUACUGAGAAAGUUGAGGUCGUUGCGACGGCGGAAGCUGAAGUAGUAGAAGAGUUAACAUCGCCUUCUAAUCCGCGGCCUCUGCCUUCUGCUCCGCCGUAUCCUUUUCCUGCCACGCCGUCUCCGCCUCGUGCUCCUCCACCGUCGAAGCCGGCAAAGAGGAAGACAAAGAGAGUGUACCAAAAUGUUGCUGCGGCGGCGCCUUUGAUCACUCCGGUUCCAGCUCCGGCGAUGGUGAAUCAAAAGAUUAGUAAACAGGAGAAAGGCGGAGCAAGUAAGGACUUUCUUGUUGCUCUACGGAGAAAGAAGAAGAAACAGAGACAACAGAGCAUCGACGGUCUCGAUUUACUCUUCGGCUCAGAUCAUCCAUUCGACUAUUCACCGCCGCAUCCUCCGCCGCCGCCGCCUCCACCAAACCGGAACUAUGAAUCACGCUCAUCAAUGGCGAAGAGACACAAUUCUCCAUCAGAAGCAACUCAAUUCAUAGGCACUGGAAGCGAAUCGCCGUUGAUGCCAAUCCCGCCGCCACCUCCUCCACCGCCGUUUAAAAUGCCGGCGUGGAAAUUCGUGAAGCGUGGAGAUUACGUCAGGAUGGUUAGCAACAUCAGCAUAAGCUCUGACGAACCUGAUGAUGAUGAUGAUCACGAUGUAGCUCAAUCAAGCUCAGUGGGGAGCAUGUUCUGUCCGAGCCCCGAUGUGGAUACCAAGGCUGAUGACUUCAUAGCGAGGUUCAGAGCUGGACUCAAGUUGGAGAAGAUGAACUCCGUGAAAAGAGGGAGAUCCAAUUUAGGACCCGAACCCGAAUCUUAAACGGGUUUAUAAAAUCCUUAAAAGGCCUAGGCCCAUGUGUACAGACGUUGAUUUCUCUUUUUGGAGUGUUUCAUUCUUGAUCGUGGAUCCCUUUUUUUGGUGUGUAUAUGAAGUAUAUUAUUGUGUUGUGUUUUUUCUCUCUUAUAUAUUUUCGUCUACGAAUUUUUGUAUUUUGUAUGUGGUGUAUACAACUUUAGCCCGUCAUAGCGAUAACCGAACAAUCUUUAUAUA